AACCCUGUUGUGCCCACGACAAUACACACAUUGUAACUUUCUUUCGUGGCUUCACAUUUGUUUUUGUUCUUAAAACGAAAUAAUUAGCUUAAAUUAGAAACGAAGACCACAUUUGUUUUGACCAUACGUUUGAACAACAAAUAAACUAUAAAAAUGGCACGUAAGGGAGCUCCAACCGCUGAGGACUUGUCGAAUGUGGAAUUUGAGACCAGCGAAGAUGUGGAGGUCAUACCCAGUUUCAAUGCUAUGAACCUUAAAGAGGAAUUACUCAGAGGCAUAUAUGCUUACGGUUUUGAGAAACCCUCUGCUAUACAACAACGUAGUAUUAAGCCCAUUGUCAAAGGGCGGGAUGUCAUUGCUCAGGCUCAAUCUGGUACCGGUAAAACGGCGACAUUUUCCAUAUCUAUAUUACAGAGUCUCGACACAUCGCUGCGAGAAACUCAGGUGCUCUGUCUAUCGCCCACCCGUGAAUUGGCUGUUCAAAUUCAAAAAGUCAUCUUAGCCUUGGGCGAUUUAAUGAAUGUCCAGUGUCAUGUUUGCAUUGGUGGAACAAAUUUGGGUGAAGAUAUUCGCAAGCUGGAUUAUGGUCAACACAUUGUCAGUGGUACACCGGGACGUGUAUUUGAUAUGAUUAAGAGGCGAGUUCUGCGCACCCGUGCUAUUAAAAUGUUGGUCCUCGACGAAGCUGAUGAAAUGUUGAACAAGGGUUUUAAAGAACAAAUCUAUGACGUUUAUCGUUAUCUACCACCAGCAACACAGGUCGUCCUAAUAUCUGCUACUCUGCCACAUGAAAUUCUUGAGAUGACUUCGAAAUUUAUGACAGAUCCCAUAAGAAUUUUGGUCAAACGUGAUGAAUUGACUCUGGAAGGUAUCAAACAAUUUUUCGUUGCUGUUGAACGUGAAGAAUGGAAAUUCGAUACAUUGUGCGAUCUAUACGAUACCCUAACCAUUACACAGGCUGUCAUCUUCUGCAAUACAAAACGUAAGGUCGAUUGGUUGACCGAGAAAAUGCGUGAAGCAAAUUUCACCGUCAGCUCUAUGCAUGGUGAUAUGCCACAAAAGGAACGUGAUGAAAUUAUGAAAGAAUUCCGUGCCGGUCAGUCGCGUGUACUCAUUACCACCGAUGUAUGGGCACGUGGUAUUGAUGUGCAACAGGUUUCAUUGGUUAUUAACUACGAUUUACCCAACAAUCGUGAAUUGUACAUUCAUCGUAUUGGUCGUUCGGGUCGUUUCGGACGUAAGGGUGUUGCAAUUAAUUUCGUUAAAUCCGAUGAUAUUCGUAUUUUGCGUGAUAUUGAACAGUACUAUUCAACACAAAUCGAUGAAAUGCCAAUGAAUGUUGCUGAUUUGAUUUAGACUUGUAAUUCGUCAUUGAAAAAAGAGGCAACAAACACACACAUAAACCAUUUUUUAUUUAGCUAAAAAAAAAACUUAUUUUUUAAUGAACAAUUAUUCCAUUGUGGAAAUGGAAGUACAUUCAGAAUACAUUAAAAUAUUUAGGAGUUUUUGCGAACAAAAUUAAGCAUUUCGCUAAAUAUUAAUAUGAAUUAAUUUGUGUAUUACAAGAAAUGCUUAAUUGAAUAAUGGAAAUACCCCUUUCAUUUAUUUUAUACAAUACAUAAUUGAGUGUAAAUUAACAACAAGGAAAAUCAUAAGAAAACUUUAGAAAUAAACUAAAUAAAACAAAAUAUUUAACGAAAA